AGCGUCAGUCAUCCAUCCAGCAUCUCGGGCGGCCAAUCAGGAGCGCGGGAGCUCAGCAGAGGCCCCGCCCCCCCGCGCCCAAAGGCCGCCGCCGCUUCGCCUGAGGGAGUGGUGACAUCAUUCAGGCCCCGCCCCCUUGGCCGCCGCCAUUUUAGGAGGACGAAGCGGGAGCGACGGAGGCGAGCGAAGAGGACGGCGAUGAGGGAAAAGAGGACUCUUUCAAGCAACCUCUUGGAUGCAGUAAGGAAACCAAUAAUAUAGGAAGACGAAAUCCUGUCAACGUGGUGAUGUUGCUAAAUUCUAGACUUCAGUUACAGAUAAUAAAGCAAACAGGAAGAGUCAAGUAUCUUUAUUAAAAUUAAACACCCAUAUCACUGUUGACAUGGAGGAGAAAGCAUCUAAAUGCCUGGAUGGUGGAAAGAGCUUCACUAAGAGGGAUAAUCUGCAGCAACAUGAAAGGACUCGCACGGAGGAGAAACCCUAUGAAUGCCUGGAGUGUGGGAAGAGGUUCACUCAUAGUUCAAAUCUUUGUGAACAUCAAAGAAUUCACACUGGGGAGAAACCCUAUACAUGCCUCGAGUGUGGACGGAGUUUCACUCAGAUUUCAGGUCUACGUUCACAUCAAAGGAUUCACACUGGGGAGAAACCCUAUAUAUGCCUGGAGUGUGGGAAGAGGUUCAGUCAUAGUUCAAAUCUAUGUGAACAUCAACGAAUUCACACUGGGGAGAAGCCCUAUAAAUGCCUUGAGUGUGGACAGAGCUUCACUCAUAUUUCAAAUCUACGUUCACAUCAAAAGACUCACACUGGGGAGAAACCGUAUACAUGCAUGGAGUGUGGACAGAACUUCACUUGUAGUGCACAUCUAAGUUCGCAUCAAUUGACUCACACUGGGGAGAAACCCUAUACAUGCCUGGUAUGUGGACAGAACUUCACUCAUAGUUCAGGUCUACGUUCACAUCAAAGGGCUCACUCUGGGGAGAAACCCUAUAAAUGCCUGGAAUGUGAACAGAGCUUCACUCAUAGUUCAGGUUUACGUUCACAUCAAAGGACUCACACUGGGGAGAAACCCUAUAAAUGCCUGGAUUGUGGACGGAGCUUCACUCGUAGUGAACAUCUACAAAGACAUCAAAAGUUUCACACUGGGGAAAAACCCUAUACAUGCCUGGAGUGUGGAAAGGGCUUUGCUCAAAAUGGAGACUUACGUUCACAUCAAAGGACUCACACUGGGGAGAAACCCUAUAAAUGCCUGGAGUGUGGACAGAGCUUCUCUCGUAGUACAAAUCUACUUACGCAUCAAAGGACUCACACUGGAGAGAAACCCUAUAAAUGUCUGGAGUGUGGACAGAGCUUCGCUCAUAAUUCCAGUCUACGUAAUCAUCAAAGGGCUCACACUGGGGAGAAACCCUAUAUUUGCCUGGAAUGUGGACAGAGCUUCAGUCAUAGUUCAGUUUUAUGUUCACAUCAAAGAAUUCACACUGGGGAGAAACCUUAUGAAUGCUUGGAGUGUGGGAAGAGGUUCACUCAUAGUUCAAAUCUAUAUCGACAUCAGAGGACACACACUGGGGAGAAACCCUAUAAAGACAUAGCAUAAGAACACCCAUGAAAUGCCACAUAACACCAGUGCUGCAGCAUCUGCAUUGGCUUCCAACUGAUUACCGUGGUCUAUAUAAGAUGCUAGUUCUGACCUUUAAAACUCUUUACGGCCAGGGCCCAUCGUACCUUAGGGACCGUCUCUCCUUCUCCCAUCAUCGGAGGUCGCAACGACCAUCACAAUGAGACUUACUUUAUGUACCGGGUCCUAGAGAAGUGCACUCAAGACCUGGCUCUUUACUAGAGCUUUUAAUCUAUGUUAAUUUUAUUAAUAUUUGUACGUAUGUAUUUUUAUCCUUUACAAUUUUAUCUUGUAAAUCGCCUAGAGCCUCGUGGAUGGAGGGCGAUUAAUAAGUAAUUAAAUGAUGAUGAUAAAAUCAUAUAAUCAUAGAAUAAUAGGGUUGGAAGAGACCAUGUGGGCCAUCUAAUUCAACCCUGUUGUGAUUUUAUAUUUUUCAUAUGCUUUUAUGAAUUUAACCAAAAUUGUUUUAAUAGUAAUUUUUAUCAUGUCAUAAGCGAUUUGAGAACAUACUGCAAGUUGCUUCUGGUGUGGUAGCAUUGGCCGUCUACAGAGACAAUGCCCAGGGGACUCUUGUAUGUGUUACCAUCCUGCUGGGAAGCUGACAGACGGGAGCUCACUUCUCGUGAAUUCGAACUGGCAACCUUCAGGUUAGCAACCCAACCUUCACGUCAGCAGUCCAGCCGGCACAAGGAUUUAACCAAUUGUGUCACUACGGCUCUAGGUUUUAAUAUUAAUGAUGUUUAAUACUGCCUUCCUUAUGAUCAAGCUCUCGUAUCCAUAGGGUACUAUGAGGAAUGCCGUUGCUUUGACUAUGCAGACCUUAGUUGCCAAUGUGAUGUCUCUACUCUUCAUUAGUUUAUCAUCGAGGUUGGAAGUGGCUCUCCUCUCAAGAAGGAAACGUCUUCUCACUUCCUGGCUGCAGUCUGCGUCUGCUGUCAUCUUUGCACUUCCCCAGGUUGGGAUUUAUUGCAUUGGUCACAGCAAAGACAUUCCUAAGACCCUGCAUGAAAAGCCUGUGUUUCGCUGGCUCUCCUUCAGCUGCUGAAAAUCUUCCCCUGGAGAGAAGACAAGGAAGAAAAGGGGAAGUGGGCAAAGGUGAAAGAUGCCAGGAAAAAGGCAUUAUGGGUGGAGCUGUGGUUAUCUUUGCAUCCCAUCCUGGGGCUGAGCCAAGGGAAUGAAUGGCCCAAUGCGGACCUUGUUCAGCAGAGUGACAUUAUUUGAACUUCUCAAACAAGCCUCAUUGUGGUUUUGAAUUAGGUGGGUGGAGAGGUAGGGUCUUGCUUCGCUGCAGGAUUCCUUUAGGAAAAGACAGAAAAUUUGGUGGCAGCAGGUAUCUGAUUUAGGAUGCUCAGAAAGCAGACCUGGGACUCAUUAUGGGACGGGAGGCAGCCCAGUAAUCUUUGUGUCUCUUAGCAUUUAGCACAUCCUGGUAAUUCAGGGAAACACAUUAUCCAGUGAAUGAUGCCGUUCCUUUGGUCACAUUUGUGUUCAGCCCAGUGAAAUCAAUGGGAUGCUCAAAAAUUAGGAGUUAUAAUAAAUAAAUAAACUUUAUUUUUAUAUCCCGCCCCAUCUCCCCGAAGGGACUCGGGGCGGCUCACAACAGGGACAAGCUCGAAGAACAACAACAUAUUUAACAUAAACUUAAAACAUUCCAACAAUACUCAAAAUAAACUAAUGGACAAAUACAUUAAAAUCCAAGCAGAUAAAAUCAGAGUAAUUAAAAGCAACCCAGUGGGGACAGGUUUCAUAAAGUGCUGUAUCAUGGAAAUAAGUAGCAGUGAUAAAGUUCCACGUUUUCCUUCUAUCAUUCAUGCAUUCUUUCCUUCCUCUAUCCCUCCCAUCUCCUUUCUUUCUGGAUUAAUUCCCUUCAUUUUAAAGAAUCAUUUAUUCCCUUUACUGACAUCUGUGUAUGUCCUUGAGCCCUGAUGUUUGCAUUUCCAUUUUCAACAUGACCCAUGGAGAGAAA